AUGCUAAGGAAAUCCCUUAUCAUCAUACUUCAGUAUAUUUUGGUCUCCCUUUAGAUAUACUACGGCAACAACGACCAAAACGGUGUUGUGGUAAACACUUUCAUAACACCGAUCGAGGCUCGCUUCGUCCGUCUUUACCCAUACGCCUGGCAUGUACACAUCUCCUUGAGAAUGGAGCUCUAUGGCUGUAGUUUAAAACCAGGUUUACCAUCAGGUGAUUAUCAUAAUAUUUAUUCCCGCUCUUAAUUUUCUCUGUAAUCUUCGUAGCGUCUUCAUUGGGUUUGGCUUUCAGGGCACAGAUACGGACAGGGAGAGUGUGACUUCUUACUUUUUCUUACCGUUAUGAAAUUUGAUCAGAGGUCAAGGAGGCCUAUAAUUAUCGGCAGGGAGAGUCGUUUUUAACCCUUUAAAUCCCAGAAGUGAUUCACAUGUAAUCUCUCCCUAUGAUAUCUAUACCACAUCCAGUAAACAGGUUAUGAGAAUACUCAAACUUAUUUAUCAGGUUACAGUUGUUCUCCUGAUCUAACACCAAAUUCUCAUCACUUAUUUACAAGAAAUUUUGUAGCAGCUAGAGGGGAGGAUCGACAAUCAGAUCUUGAGAUUUAAGGGGUUAACGAAGUUUGGUAUUAUGUAUCACGAAAGCUCACUUGGUGCUCAUGUUAUGAAAUAAGUUGAAAAUUAUUUACCCGAAGAUUAUCAUAGAGGGUGAGAAGGGGGCACAUGGUUUGGAUUUUACGGUGCUCUUAUACAUAUCUUGGACCAAAAGUUUUGAAAAAGAGAAAAUGAUAACUUUUCCUUCAGAGUGCGCAACACCUUUGGGUAUGGAAAAAAAGGUCAUCCCUGACUAUGCCAUAACAGCUUCAACUGAGGUAAGAGCUACGGAGAAAAAAUUGCUUUUACAGAUAGAGGACUCUCCAUUUCCUUUUGCAAACGAUAUUUAUAUUGCAGUGCUGGGAAGAAAUCAUAAUUUCAAGUAUAGGACGUACCUUAUGGCUGUGCUUAACGAGUGCUGAAAGCGAGAUCAUUUAGCUUUUUCUUAGAAUCAUGCUAGUGGCAAUAGAUACACGUUUGCCUCAACAUUUUAUGAACGGUUUGUUGAAAGAGCCGUUGUCGUCAACACUAUAGCCUGACUGUAGCCUAUUUAUCACCAAUUGCAUUUCAUGUAUGAAAUAAUUCAUUGUGGGAUGCAAAAAAUAUGGCUGCUAAUGGAAAGACUGGCGGUACUACUGGUUGGGUAACAUUUAUCGCGCACUUUCGAGUGCUUAACUUAUCUUGACUAAUUUUCUUUAGUAUGGUUCAGCGUAUGGAGCCUCAAAUGCCAGGCUGCACCUUACUAAAGCGGGUCACGGAACGACUGGUGCAUGGUCUGCAAGAUCAGACGACAAAUCACCAUGGGUUCAGGUGGACUUUGGGAAGAUCAAGAGAGUGACGAAAAUUGCCAGUCAAGGCCGCUCAGACUACGCCCAGUGGGUGACCAAAUACAGGGUCUCGUACAGUACAUUUGGAAAAACGUUUACGCUUCAAGAUCGUGUAAGCUACGCUUAGAUAACAUACAUAUAUUUUGCAUUUUGAUAGGGUUUUAAAAAUACAUGCUACUUUAGUUCCUUGUGAUGUAUUAUUCUACGCUUGAUGAUCUCUUAGUUUUAAUUCUUACCACCCCUUAAUGCAGAAGAAAACUCGAAUACAACCCAUUUUUUUUUUUGUUUUGUUUUAUUUCAAGAUAUUAAAAUGCCGUCAAUCUUUUGGACAUCGAUCAACGUUUAUAAAAAUAUCUGCGAUGGGAGAGAAAAACAUACACCAUUAUUUCCGAAAGACUCCUUUCUUUAAAGUUGUUCAAAAUGGGUCCGUUAUUUUGAAACACCAAUUUAUCGUAGAUCACAGAUUUGCAAUUUGUUGUUGUUUUCAUUGAAAUUCAUACCCAAAAAGUAUGCCCAACAAACUUAACGUGAUCAUUUUUUGAUAAUUUAGAACACCAUAUGAACAUUAUAACCUGAAAUGACUCUCAUCACUAAGUUACAGUAACAUCUUCCUGUCGAUGGGCGAGGUUUUGCCUUUCCCACAUCAGAAUUUUUGCAAGUCCGCCGGUACAAUUGAUUUGGAUCCUUAUAGGUUUACCAAGCUAACAGUGACCAGAACAGCGUCGUUGUCAAUUCUCUCGUGAAACCCAUCGAGGCUCGUUUCGUUAGGAUAAAACCUGAGGGAUGGAGUAACCACUGUUCGAUGAGGUUUGAAGUAUAUGGAUGCGACGUCUCUGAAGGUGAAAUUUCAUUUUUUCAGUCAUCACACAUUUACGAAAUCCCCCUUUGAUUUGUUUAUCAAACAACUAGUGUUGAAAACAUGACGUAUUGAUCUUCAUGUCUGCAGAAUGUGUGACGCCACUCGGACUGACCAGUAAGAAAUUACCCAACUCGGCAAUAACAGCCUCUUCCGAGGUAAGUAUAGCCUUCACUAUUCCACUCCCUUGCAAAAAAUCCUCAUAAUCAACGCGCCAAUUUUAAGUUAUACUUCUCUCUGAUAUAUCCAAAAGGAAUUUGACAGAGAGUUCCUUUUUUCCGUACAUCAUUAACCUUGGGAACAUAAGUUGAGCAUGUCUUUUCUAUAAUUUUGCAUAAUGAUUUAUGAUUUUCAAAUGAUAACUUCAAUAGCAGGAAAAUUCUCCGUCGCGUAUCUGUUACCCACAACGUGAUGGGAACAGAUAGGGGCCCAGAAAGGGCUCCUCUGUCUUUUCAUACUUUAUCACAGUAGCUGUAAUUCACUCAGUCUGUAAUUCAUAUUUAGAAGUUUAUAGCUGUUAGAGUGAGUUUAGAUAGAGAAAGAGAGAAAGAGUUGUGAUUGACUAGUUGCGACCGGUGUCCCAUGCCACGCUACAUUGGUAAUUUUCUCGUCUUUGUCAUGCAUAGAUGAGAAAUAUGUAGGAAGUGUGAUGCAUAUGAGAGGCUCUUACGCUUAUUCCCUUUUAUAUUGUCAGUGGAAUGGAAACCGUGGGGCCAGUACUGGAAGACUCUACUAUGUAUCAACUGAUAGGAGGAAUGGGGGCUGGUCUGCCCAAGUUAGCAAUAAAAGGCAGUGGUUAGAAGCAGAUCUAGGCGAGACGACCACUGUCACUAUGGUGGCAACUCAGGGACGGUACGACUAUGAUCAGUGGGUAAAGAGCUUUAAAGUGGCUUACAGCAAGUAUGGAAGUCAUUUUGAAUUUCAAGACAAGGUGAAUACUGACAUAAUCAAAUACACGACCGCAAGAGUUCUCAAUCAUUUUGAUCUCGGUAAAGGCCUGGAACGGAUCUGUUUCUUUAAGUAUAAUUCUUUCUCAGACCUUUUUGUAUGAGGGUAUCUGUUAUCCUAGUUAAAUGAUAUGAGUAUGCCAUUUUGUAGUAGCUAAAAUGAAGAAAAAACUUCAUGGAACGUCCAAGAUGACAAAAUUCAUGACCUUCUGGGUGCUCUGACACAGACGGAUUAACCAAGGAGUUUGGCCCAUAUUGGGAUUUAAAUAUCUUGUGUUGAUUUUAUCUCUUUAAAGGACUUUAUACGUGUAAAAUUUUGUAUUACCAAAGGGACGAAUAGAACUGCUCUCGGCCCGAGUUCUGUGGCGUCUCAAGUGCCCAUUUUAUAAUUCAUUGAGGUCAAAGAUAGAGCAUUUGCAGUGCUUUAGUUUCACUGAAAAAAAAAAUUAAACGCUUUAGGAAUUACUCUAAUAAAAAUUGCCUUACGAUUCAGGUUUAUGAUGGCAAUGCAGACAGGAACAGCGUUAUCGUCAAUAAGUUGAUUCAACCAAUCAAAGCACGUUUCGUUCGCCUCUAUCCUGAGAGUUGGAGUGGGCAUAUUUCCAUGAGAAUGGAGCUGUAUGGUUGUGAAAUCUCCUCAGGUAUGCUGUAUGUGUCAGGCUCUAUCUUUUCUAUGAUCAUUCAAGUUGAAAAAGCCUUUACGACUCUGAAUAGAAACCACUGAGAUGGCUUCGUUAGCAACAAAUACUGAAAGUUUGGGUCUCAAAAGACGUCAAAUUUAGUCAGACUCAUGAGAAUGCUGUUAACGAUUACUAAGCUGUUCGCAUUUAACCGAUUCCACGAAUUGAGGUGAAGGAAACAUGAUAUUUAUAUCUCGGUAGGAUGUUCUUCACCACUGGGAAUGGAGGACAAAAGCAUACUAGACUCAGCUAUAACAGCAUCAUCAGAGGUAGAUCAGUCCAAAGCUACAGGCUUAACCUAAGCCUCAGCCUGCCUGUUACGUAUCUACGUUUUGCCUCGUUGAAAAUAAAUGUUUCCCCUCAGCCAUGUUUGUUCCUCUCGUCUUGUUUCUUCAUUAAAUGAAUGAAAUAUUAGGAAGAUUUCAUUGAGUGAUGAUACACAGGUUAUCUAGUGUCCGCCCUAUCCCUUUUUUUUUUUUCUUUUACUUUUCUACACGCUAUCCAGUCCACAGUUAGCUAUCGUGGCUUUGUCAAGCUAAAAUUUGGUUUAAAAAGAAAUUGAAGAUAAACAUGAAUUUGUUAAUUCCUGUCUAAUUCAAAUGUAUCUUUUCACAAGUGGGACAUCAACCAUGGAGCGAACAAUGCGAGAAUCUACCACAUGGCUGGAGGUUCAAGAAAAGGGGCGUGGUCAGCGCGGAGAAGCGACAAAGAACCAUGGAUUCAAAUCAAUCUUGGUAAAAUUGUGGAGGUGACCAAAGUAGGGAGCCAAGGUCGUCAAGAAGCCGCUCAGUGGGUCACCAAAUACAAGGUGUCUUACAGCACGGACGGUCAUCACUUCACAUCUCAGAAUCAGGUGAAACGUCAAUCCCUUCCAAGAUCCAAUUACUAAUAAUUUAGGCGACAUUAUACAAAGAGUUAUUGUUGAAUUAACGCGAGUAUCUCGACAAGUUGUAAAGAGCUUUAAUGACUACAUGAAAGUGUUUCAUUAACCUGGCCGACAAAUCGGUAGGAUUCCCUCUUUAGAUUUGCUUAAUUCACAACAGCCCUAUACCAAACUGUCAUAACUACCUUGAGUUAAACUGCGAUUUCAGGAAUACAUUGGGAAUAAAGAUCAGAAUACCCUCGUCAUCAACGAUUUAAUCCAGUCAAUCAAGGCACAGUAUGUCCGAAUCCUUCCACAAGAAUGGUUUCAGGUUGCUUCAAUGAGAGUGGAAUUGUAUGGCUGUGUUUCAAGUAAGAUAUAGCAAGUAUACACUUUUAGCGAAAUACAAAUCAAAGCUUAGUCUGAGGUGACUGCGAACUAACUGUGUAUUUUUUCUUUUGCGAAGAACCUGUAGAUGGCGGAUACUCCGCUUGGGGACCGUACGGUGAAUGCAGUAAACAAUGUGGCGGAGGAGAACAAACUCGAAGGCGUACUUGUACCAACCCACCACCAGCACACGGUGGCAGAAAUUGCGCCGGUCUAGGACCCGACUUUUCAACCAGAGAAUGCAACACUCAAAACUGUCCAAGUGAGCACUUUUACUUUCAAGAGCUACGGAUGGAGACGAACUGGCCACAGUUUUAACUUAAGAAUGCCAAUAAUUUUUAGGACAUCUAUUUUUAUCUAUGACUAGCACUUACAGGUUGUCCAAAUUUCUUUUCUUCCGAAUCAAGGCUUCUUUCGGCAUUAGAAAUUUAUAUGUUGCAUUCGAAUUGUGUGUGAUACAAUAACAUUACACUGCCUCUUAUUUUAUUCCCAGUUGAUGGUGGUUUUAGUAAUUGGCUCGAAUGGAGCGAUUGUUCUGCCACCUGUGGUGGAGGCAGCAGAGAGCGCAGCAGGAAAUGUGAUAACCCUGUUCCACAGUAUCAAGGAAAGAAUUGCGCCGGACUCUCAUUGGAAACACAGGCUUGCAAUGAGGAAGAAUGCCCUAGUUGGUGCUUCUCUCUUAUACUUGAUAUAUCAUUAUUAUUAUUACUACUUUUAUAAUAUUAUUAUUGAUAAAAACAGGAUUUUGGGGGCAAAUUUGGUGUUAAUAAGCAAGAGUUAAUUUUACAAAGAGAACAAAACUACGCGAGCCCGUUGGGCAAGUACAAUUUGUAGUCUUUAAAAAAAGGUUUAUUUGCACCAAAUUUUACGAGAAAUCUUGUUGGUUAUUGUUAAUAAUUUACAUGAAAAAGGCAUCACAGAAAGUCAAGAUGAACGAGAUUUUCGUAACGCGCGCGCUAUUUGUAAUUUGCACUCGUAUUGCAUAAACAAUGCACACAUUUCACCCAGUCAGACGCGCGUAAUUUUCUCAUUUUAUUACAAUGUAUUAAAUAUUGCCUGAUCAACCAUUUAAUACGGGUUUUUACGUGUUUGUUUUGCUUUCGUUAUAAUCAGUAGAGAGAUCCGUUACAUUACUUUAUUUUUUUCUCCGGAAUAGCUCUGUGUAAAAUAUUGAAUCUGGAACCUUCCGAGAAGUGGCUUCUGCAUGGACGUACUACAUGCCAACUUGCAAUUUUCAAUGACAGGUUAAAGUGCACUAUUUUAGCUGUAAUUGUUUUGUAGCGAAUGGCGGUUAUUCUGCAUGGGAACCAUAUGGUGAAUGUACAAAAACGUGUGGAGGUGGAAAGCAAUAUCGUGAGCGAACGUGCACCAAUCCACCGCCAAGUGCAGGAGGAAAGGAUUGUGACGGACUUGGACCGAGUAAAACAAGUAGAGAAUGUAAUAAUCAGGACUGCCCUGGUGAGUUUUUGUUAAAUUGAAACAUAAUAACCAACGGUAAUAUUUAAAAAGCAUUAUUUGAUGAACAGAAUUAUGAAAGAUUAAAUUAUAUUUGAUGUUAGCCUUAUCGAAAAGAGUUUUAAAAGCUUCUAAAAAAUAUUUAAAAACGUUUUAAGGACUGAGAAGGGUUUUCAUUUGUGUCAGAAGUGUAUAGAGGUGAAAUACUUCUGUUCCUACUGAUUGAAUUCUAUAUUAAAACAUUAUUCAACAAAAUAAAUGCUCAUACACACCAAAGAAUGAAAAAUCGUCUAAUUUUUAACCUUUUUCAAAAUAUUUAUCAUUUAUACACCAAUCAUAUGUACAUAUAUAAGCACUGUAAGUCACUUAAUCCAUAUUAUUUCGUUGUUUCUUUAAGUCAACGGAGGUUACACGACUUGGAGUAAGUGGAGUGAGUGUUCUGCCAAAUGUGGAGGAGGAACACGCAGUCGUAGCCGGGAAUGCACAAAUCCAACACCACAAUACGGUGGGAAAGAUUGUUCAGAUCUGGGACCGAAGACACAGGAAGAGGAUUGUAAUAAGGAUGGAUGUGCAGGUUGACUUAGUUUACUUUAAUUCAAAUGGCUAUAUAUUAUUUUUAAUCUUCAACUUAAAUUUUCGUUCCAUGCAGUCAAAUGCACUCCCAUGAUUGUGACUGAAAGAAAGGAUUCGUUUCCUACAUGCACUUAUAAGUACUUUACAUUACUAGCGUGUUGUUAAUUGGCUCAUGUAAACGCUGUGGACCAAGGAAUACUCCUAAGCUAUAUACACGAUAAUCUUGGAUUUCUUAGAGCCUUAACGCCGAGAGAGCCUUUGGCUCACAGGGUGUUGAAAACCGUAAUCAAAUUGCAACGUGAUGAAAAGAGUUUAGCAAUGAUCUACAGAAAAAAAUUAUGAUGUUUCUUAAUCAUUGCAUUGAAUAUUUCCAGUGAAUGGAGGUUAUGGACCAUGGGGGUCUUGGGGCGAAUGCUCCAUAACUUGUGGAAAAGAGAGCGGAGGGAUAAGGAGACGCGUCAAGUUGUGCGAUAACCCAGCACCAGAAAAUGGCGGAAAGGACUGUUCAGGUCUUGGACCAGAUAGCGAGACAAAGCCGUGCGUACCACUAUUAAAGAAAUGUCCAGGUAUGCAUACAUAAAGAAUUAUCUUUAAAGAGUUUAUAAAACGAAGGCAGGCUAUCUAUCUUUCAGGGACAAACGAAUGAAGCGGGUAAGUUUCUAAAGAAACUGUGGUACUGCGUCGGUGGGAGAGUGCAACAGAGUACUUGUAGAGUAAUUUAGUAUAAUCAACUGAGUUGAUAAAGUAAAUUGGCCAAGUAAGACAGGGAAAUGUUUAAACUUAUUUUGCAAGUCUACUGGGGGGAGGGGAGUGGGGGAACACUGAGUUAAGAGUCUAAGAGUAGAUAAAUUUUUAUGACAAUUAUUCGCGUGCGGCCAAAAAAUGCUAAUUGUAGAUUUUUUUCACAUCCGUUUAUGGAACCAUCAUUAUCAUUUCCAUUAUUGUUAACUGUAUUUUGAUAUUAAUUAUAAUUUCAGCAAAUAUCACGUCCCUCCUAAUUUGGGCAAACUCAAAUCAUGCUGCCAUUACACAGAAAUUUUUCUAGAAUAAUCGAUUCAAUAAAUUGAUGCAAAGAGAUUCAAAGCUGACGUUUCGAGCGUUAGCCCCGACGAAGGGCAAACAUCUUUUGCAUUCUAAAAUCAACAAUUAUUCAUUUUCCACCAGCUGGAAAUCAACAACAUAGUACGAUGUUAAACUAAAGACUCGACAGAUUAAGUCUAAAAGAUCCUGAGAUCAUUGGUAAGGAGCAAUCGUGACGGUCCUAACAGCUUAUAUAUGUAUGAUGUAUUCAGUUCUCUAGCCUGGUCCCUUCAUGGUAUUAACCGUCAAUUAUUUUCGCUCCAUCAGUUCUUAUACGUAAUAUGUUGCGAUUCUCAUUUUCCUCAGUGGACGGCGGAUGGGGAGAAUUUGGCGCGUGGAGUAAGUGCUCGGUUACUUGUGGAGGAGGAGAACAGAUCAGAGAACGAAAAUGUAACAAUCCCAAGCCUGAAGCUAAAGGGAAAGAAUGUGAAGGAGACCGACAAGAGACCAAAGAAUGCAACACCGAUGAGUGUGGACGUAAGUAAUGGAAGAUUUUUAACCUUGUCCUUUUAUCAUCAGUGUAGAGGACGCGGUGGCUUUCGCAAAUUCACUGUGUACAAAUUCAUCGGCAAUCACGACGGCGACGCUAAGGAAACUUCGUCUCAAAAAUGUCCAUGCAUUCGGCGGAAGAGUUUUCCACGUGGCAUAUUGUUUUUUACCGUCCAAAACGGCGCGUCGAAUCUCCUUUUCGGCGAAAAUUGAAAUGGAGCCAUUAAUGUCAUGAAGAGACACAAAAUUUCCUGUCGAGGUGUUCGUUCGCAGACAACAAAGUACUUGGUAAUUUAAGGUUAUUGUUUACCAGAGAACGGUGAGAAAAUAUACAAAGUUUUAAAAUGCACGUGCAAAACUAUUUUUCUGCCCGUCAAGACUUACAUUUAUCCACUUCUCGUCUUCUUCUUACACUGGUUUUCAUAAGGUUCAUUGUCACUCUAGUCAGGAGUAUUAAAAGAUAAUGCAAACUGUCCAGGGAACCUGAAAACCUCCAGCAGGGUGCCCAGCAGGGUACCCCACUGGGUACCCUGCGACUAACAACUAGCUCCUAAAACACAGGGAGUAGCAAUUCUCCCGAUCAGAUAAGCUGCUCGUUUCGGAAGCCGAGAUGUACACCGACAAUGUGAGUCAUAAGGCUUGAGAAGGAACGAAUUCAGCAACUUAUCUCUAGUUAUUAUAACUCCAUCUUCUUUUAUGAGUAUAACUCGACGGAAACCGCCGACCCGGUUCAAAGUUAAGCUUGAGUAAGCACAGAGAUCGAAAUGACAAAAAAUAAGCUUUUGAAAAUUAUGCUGAUCUUAAGCACAGCUUUAUUGUAAAUCUGUAUAAACGCACCAAAAUAACUAUUAAAUGUCAAAAUCAUUUUUUGUGAAGAAACCGCUUUGGACUAAUUAGUCAUGAUUAAGCAGUCCACACUAUAGCGUUGUUAUCUGAGACUAGGCAUUUAACCCCAUCCAUUUUUACCUUCAUCCUGAGGGUGUAGACCGCUGACUCUUUCUUAAAGAAGUUUGCCAAAGGUAACCUGCAUUGGACUACAACUCUUUGCAAGGAAAGUAGUAUUACUUCAGAGUCAUUUUAUGUCACAAAAUAAUUUUUUUUCCUUUCUUCAAAAGCUGAGUGGAGGCCGGUUGGCUGCUUCAUGAAUAGCGUUCGCGCCCUCGGACAGAUCCUUGAAAGAGUUGGGAGCAAGUCAUCAAUAAGCGCCCGCUAUGCAGCAUGCACGUCAGCGGCUGACAAUGAUGGUGUGACCUUGUUCGGUAUGGACGACAGGAGAUGCUGGACUGGUGAAAAGGCAGAAAGCACAUUCACCAAAUAUGGAACCUCAGACCAGUACUCAGACGCAAAGAAGGUAUCAUUAAGUGGUGGUCUGUCAGAGUCGGGAACAAUGUUUGUCUACGAGAAGGACGCAAGCGGUGGGAAAUUCUUUUUUUUACUCCAAUCAUAUAAUAACAAUUCAUCUUUUCUUUUUUCGGGAGACUAACUUGUAAAAGUGAAAGAUUAUAUCAGGUAUAGAACACAUUGUCAAAUUGAAAGUACAAUGGUUUCCUUGAGGAAUCAUUUCCGUGAUUAUCGAAAGCAAAGCUGGAAAUGAAGUAAAUUAAAAUCUCUUCUCAUUCCGUCACAACAAGUGCGCUUUGCAAUCUGUCUGGCUUCGAAUGUGCGAAUCACUCUAUUUAAAACUGAAUGGCAACUGAACUUAGUAUUAACCACUUUACACAUGAGGUAAAACUUGACGAUUCAUUCUGUUACCAUUUUGAAUGACUUAUUUUUCCACUAUACGGCGUUACAGCAACAAAAUCAAGCUUUUGUCAUUUAUUCAUGAACUAUUUUUUCGAGGUAUAUGUGUUGGUGCGAUAUUUUCAUUGCGCAUUUUAUACUCAAUAAAAAUGUUUAUUUUUUCCAUUCUUGUACCUGUAAUAGAUUUAUAGUGAGUUAUUAAUACGAUAACGUUAUAGCCUCGAGAUCGUAAAGGGUUUGAAACGGUUACUUACAAAAGACUUAAGGAUAAGUAAUUUAUUAUUAUCAACUGAGUUGAUAACGUAAAUUGGCCACCGUAAAGAGUUUCAAAUCGUCCCGAGCGUUAGCCCUUCUUCAGAACGAAUGGCGAAGGGUUAACACUCGGGACAUCAACUUUGAAAAUGUUAAUAGUAGCCAAUUUACGUUAUCAACUCAUUAUCAAAUGACAAAACUAAAUUACCCUCCCACCGACGCAGCAUCACAGUUUCUUUAAAAACCUAUCUCCUUUAUUCAUUUAAAAGGAUAAGUAUAUUGUUGAUGUACUAAAGUAUUUUGCAACGUAGAUCGGCUAAUUCGUCUUCUUGUCUUUAAAAAGGGGAAUGGAACAAAAAGGGUUGUUACAUCAACAAAGGACCUAUACUAGCUUUACCAGACUCAUUCGAUGACAAUGUUGAAAACUAUCAAGGAAAAGAAAACAUCCUUGAAGCGUGCACAAAGAAGGCUAAGGAUUCUGGCUACACGGUAUUUGGUGUUGACGACAAGAAUUGCUGGGCAGAUAAUAGUGGCAAGAACGAGUACGACGUGUACGGGGAAUCCUCAGAAUGCCGCAAAGGAUCCGGCAGUGAAAUUGACGGUGACAUGUUUGUUUACCGUUUUGAGUAAUAAUUGUUAAGGUAGGUUAUACUGUCAUAUUUAAUGAUAAAUAAAUUAGUUCUCGCGAAAGAGAUAAGAAAAUAGCUGGCAGAUUGGUCUCAGGGUCAUGUGGUGCGUGUUUCUGAUCUCGAUGUCUUGAAAAUCAUUCUAUUCUCAGGGCCGUGGCCAGACUUCGGAACAAGACGAGGUAAGUUUCGAGCGCCGAAGGCGCGAGCCGCUAGGUGGGUCUGGCGGCAUGCCCCCGCCCCCCGAACAUUUUGAAAUCUGGAGGCUCAGAAAUGCUCUUUUAAGCAUUUUCGGUGGCAUUUUUCAUUAGAAAAGUCAAUCUUGGGCCAAAAUCCCUCGCCCUAUAAAUAAAUAAUGACUUUAUUGGAUAACACAAUUACUGGUAGAACCAGUAGUUCUCAUUGUGGUCUACAAACACGUCUUGCCUCGUGCUAGCUACGGCUCUGAUUCUGAAACUUGAAAGGUCAAUAAGUUUGGACCUGACUUCCGUCUGUGAUAAAGAGUAACUUUAUUAGGGACACUUGCAUCUCAGACAACCCUCCAACUAGGCCUAAUUAUCGUAAAAUAGGUUUCGGUUGGUGAUCGUGUACAUAACACUUUCAAAAGAGAAAUUUAAUCGUUCUUCUCACGAUGUGGUCAAUUUAGAUGUGGAUCGCGACAUUUUGACUGCAUACUGCUGGCCUACUUCAGGCGAUAAGGUCGACUGAGUACGCAUCGCCUAUAUGCUGAAGUGCUCGGCUUAGAUCGAAUGAAAUUUUGAGAUUGGUGCAUCUUCGGAUCAGGUUUCGUUUGUGGUCCGUUGCCGUAGGGAUAUCCUGCUGAUGGCCUAAACAGGCCUAAAUAGGCCUAAAUAAUUGAUAAAUUUAUAAUUAAAACCAAGGAUGACCUGUGUUGGACUAGCAUUGCGUAAGCACCUUCAGUCUGACAUGCACUCUUUGGUUCCCAGUACAGAACUGGGCAACUGAAUUCAAUUGACAAGUGCUAAUGAGAAUGCUUUAAUUAUCAAUUUUCAUCUUUUGCAGACAAAGGAAAUCAAAUUCAGAAACGGACGACACAUAAAAUGGAAAAAUGAAACAGUAGUCUAGCGCCUAUGUGUGGGUCUUGGCCAUGGG